AUGUUACUAUAUUUGACUCCAGACUGGCAGUAUGAUGAAUGCAAACUCUCCAGAACUGGUCCACCCGCCACCAUUGUUGCCAUAGAUGAAGAGAGCCCCAAUGGAACACUUUUGGUUGAGAAUAUGCAAAUCCAAGGCCGAGUGGAAGACCCAGGCAGAACCAUCUCUCUCUCCCUCCGAGACAACUACAACCACUGGGUAAUACUGGACCCGGUCAGACAAAGGCUGUACCUCAACAGCACCGGCAGGGCCCUUGACCGAGAUCCCCCGUCCUACAUCCAUUCCAUUGUUGUCCAGGUUCAGUGCACCAAUGAGCUGGUCGGGACCGUCAUUUUACACGAGGUGCGCAUCGUGGUGAGGGAUCGCAAUGACAACGCACCCCGAUUCCAGCAGCCUCGCUACUAUGUCGCCAUAAAUGAGUUGACCCCAGUUGGCACCACCAUCUUCUCCGGCUUCACUGGGAAUAAUGGAGCCCUGGACAUUGAUGACGGCCCUAACGGACAGAUUGAAUACAUCAUCCAGUACAACCCAACUGACCCGACGGCCAACAGGACGUUUGACAUCCCUCUCACCCUCUCCGGCUCGGUGGUCCUGAGGGAGAGGCUCAACUACGAGGAAAUCACCCGCUACCUGGUUCUCAUCCAGGCCAAUGAUCGCGCCCCGUACCCCAACGAACGGCGCACUGCCACCACCACCCUGACUGUAGACGUGCUGGACGGGGAUGACCUGGGGCCUAUGUUCCUGCCCUGCUCUCUGGUCGACAACACACGUGACUGCAGCCCCCUCACCUACCGGGUCCACAUCCUGGAGCUCACUGACCCAAGCAAAGUGAACCCUGUCAACGUGACGCCCAUCAUUCAGGCCGUGGACCAGGACAGGAACAUCCAGCCUCCAUCACAGAGGCCAGGCAUCCUCUACUCCAUCCUCAUUGGCAAGCCUGAGACGUACGUCGACUACUUCUCCCUGAACAGAACCACCGCCGAGCUGCAGCUCCUCAAACCGCUCAUCAGGGACCUGUACAAUAGAUUUGACUUGGUAAUCAAGGCAGAGCAGGACAACGGCCACCCCCUGCCUGCAUUUGCCAACCUCCACAUCGAGGUUCUGGAUGAGAACAACCAGUCACCAUUCUUCCUGGAGGCCACAUACCAGGGCUUCAUCAUGGAGUCAGCACCAGUGGGUACCACAGUGUUCACCGACGCCAGCCUCACCACCCCUCUGGGGAUCAACGUUCUGGACAACGACAUUGAGGAGACGAAAGAUCCCAUGCUGCAGAUAUCCUUGGACAACUACAACACAAUCUUCACAGUGACACCUUCAGGGAUUACUCGCUACCUGACACUGCUGAAGCCCGUGGACCGUGAAGAGCAGCACAGCUAUACAUUCACAAUGGUGGCUUCUGAUGGAGUUCAGGAGAGUACUCCAGUGACCAUUAAUAUCACAGUGAUCGAUGCCAAUGACAACACACCGACCUUCCCCAACACCUCCUACAGUGUCAAUGUUUACACAGAUAUGCAGCCUGGGGAAACAAUAUUGCAGCUGACGGCUCUGGAUGCUGACGGGGGUCCCAAUGGGCUUGUGACCUACAAGAUCCUGGCGGGGGAUCAAGGACACUUCAUCAUCAAUAACCGCUCGGGAGUGAUCACCGUGGUGCCUGGCGUCUCCCUGGCCGUGGGACGUUCCUACACGCUGACCGUGAAGGCUGUGGAUAACGGUCCGGGGUCCCAGAGGAGGAGCUCCAUCACCACCGUGUACAUUGAGGUGCUCCCCCCCAACAACCAGAGCCCCCCACGCUUUCCCCGCUUUCUCUACAGCCUGGAGGUCAGCGAGGCCAUGAGGACCGGAGCCGCACUCCUCAGCCUGCAGGCAACGGACCGUGAAAGAGACGUCAUCACCUACAGCAUCCAGAACGGGGAUCCCCACGACCUCUUUGAGCUCUCGCAGAUGUCAGGGCUGUUGGUCCUGAGGAAACCACUGGACAGGGAGACAGAGGAUCGCUACACCCUCGUUGUAACUGCCUCAGAUGGCCGUCCAGACGGGACCUCCACGGCCACUGUGAAUAUUGUGGUCACUGAUGUCAACGAUAAUGACCCUGUCUUCGAUCCGCUCCUGCCCCAAAACCUAACGGUUACAGAGGAGGAGGCCAACUCUUUUGUGGGCCAAGUAAAGGCCACAGAUCCAGACGCGGGGGUUAAUGGCCAGGUGCGCUACCGACUGGUCAAACACGCCGACCUCUUCAGGAUCAACUCCAACGGUACCAUCUCCACCGCAGUGCCUUUGGAUCGAGAGGUCAAGGGUCAGUAUGACCUCAUCGUGGAGGCGGAGGACGGAGCGGUGGAGGACCCCAGGAGGACCACACUGACUCUGUCGGUGACCGUGCUGAAUGUGGAUGAUAACAGUCCGGUGUUCUCACAACCAUCCUAUACGGUCAAUCUGCCGGAGAAUAGUCCUAAGAACACAGUCAUCCUGCAGUUUACCGCCAAAGACGCUGACCUGGAUUCCAACAUCACCUUCUGUAUCCGGACCCAGGAGGCCAGACAACUUUUUGCCGUCAACCCAGUGACUGGAGAGCUCUCUGUGCUGCAGACGCUGGACUUUGAGACCCUGGCAGCCUCGGACCAUACCUACACCUUCGUGGUGGAAGCCCUGGACAAUGAAGAGAGCAUGCCCCCAGGCCUGGCCACUGUCACUGUAAAGAUAACGGAUAUGAAUGACUACUCUCCAGUGUUCAGCCAGGUGGUGUACAGGGGCAUGGUAGCUCCCAACGCAGUCAAGGGGACCGUGGUCGCCACGGUACAGGCAGAGGACCUAGACCCUCCUGGCACCCCUGCCAGCCGCGUGCGUUACAGACUGGACCUGAAUGAGGACCCUUACAGUGGCAGCAUCUUUGACGUGGAUGAAGUCACAGGCAGCGUAAUCACACGAGUCAACCUCAAUGAAGAGCCCAAUCUAGUGUUUAGUCUGGUUAUUGUUGCCUAUGACGACGGGGAGCCAAUGAAAGUCAACAAGACCCUGGUGGUUAUCACUGUCCUGCAACCCUCCAUCAUACCAGUUUUCACCCAGGAGGAAUACAGAUUUCCCCCUGUGAGUGAGAAGGCUAAGGUGGGGAAGCUGGUCGGUGUCAUACUGGCUGCAGCUGUCAAUCAAACGAUUGUCUACUCCAUAGUGGAGGGCAACGAGGGAGGUGUGUUCAGGCUCAACAACAACACCGGGGUGAUCACUACGGCCAAGCCGCUGGACUAUGAGGCCAACGGCAGCUACAGCCUCAGAGUGGAGGCUGACUCCAUGGGGUUGGCCGAGUCCAAUCUCCGAGCUCCCUCCAAGACCAACACAGCGAGGGUGUUCAUUGAUGUUUGGGAUGAGAAUGAUCACUCUCCUGUCUUUACCAAACCCUUGUACCUGGGAGGAGUGGCCGAGGACGCCAAGACAUUCACUUCUGUACUACAAGUCCAGGCCCUGGACAAGGACACAGGGAAUUACAGCUCCAUGCAGUACAGGCUCGUUAUCCCCCCCACCACCAACGGCAAGGACGGCUUCGUCAUCGAGCCCUACACCGGUGUCAUCAAGACUGCCAUUAUGUACAGGAACAUGCGCCGGUCUUACUUCAAGUUCGAAGUGGUCGCCACUGACAAUUACGGCCAGGGGGGACUGAGCAACAAGGCAGAGGUGGUGGUAUCCGUGGUGAAUCUGCUGGAUAUGCAGGUGGUGGUCUCCAACGUUGCUCCUACAGUGGUGGAACAAAACAAGGACAAGCUCCUCGGGGUCCUGGAGCGCUAUGUUCAGGACCAGAUUCCAGGGGCCAAAGUGGUGGUGGAGUCCAUAGGACCGCGGCGGUUUGGAGACGGCUUCGAGCAAGAGGACUACUCCAAGUCAGACCUGAUGGUGUAUGCUGUUGACCCUCUGACCAACAGGGCCAUUUCCCGUCAAGAGCUGUUCAAGUUUUUGGACGGGAAGCUGCUGGACAUCAACAAGGAGUUCCAGCCGUACCUGGGCCGAGGAGGGAGGAUCCUGGAGAUACGCUCCCCUGGCGUGGUGACCAGCGUGAAGAAGGCCGUGCAGACCGUGGGCUACACAGAGGGGGCGCUGCUCGCCCUUGCCGUCAUCAUCAUCCUCUGCUGCAUCCCCGCCAUCCUCAUCGUCAUCAUCACCUACAGGCAAUUCAAAGAGAGACAGGCGGAGUGUGCUAAAACUGCCCGGAUACAAAUGACCCUCCCUACUGGCAAAUCAGUGGUUGCUGCCACCAACAACCUGUAUGAAGAGCUGGGGGACAGCACCAUCCCCAGGAGCAAGCGCUGUCUGCUAGAGGAGGGUAACCGCCAGAGGCUCAUAAGCACAUUUGCCACAGGGGCCAUCGCUGCACACAAGCUUUCCAGUGCCAAUGGGAUCCUCCUCAACAACAUGCCCAAGUCCAAGAGUAACAUCACGUUAUCCUCAGACGAGAACUCCUUAACCACCAAGAACCCCCUGUUUGACGAAGGCACGGGCACUCUCAGCAGCCCAGAGAUCCUGGGGCAGCACCAGAGGACGAUGGACCUCCUGGGGACCUACUCCCCCCCCCCCCCCCCCCCGCGGAACCCCACGGGCCUCAGAGAGGGCCCCUUCCUGAAUUUCAACUGCGGGGGCUCGGGCCACUCCUGGACCCUACCCUCCAGGCUCCACAGGCAGGAGAUGUGUGAUACUCUGAGUAGACGGGUGAUGAUAGACCCGGUGCAGUGGGAGCUGGAGCUGCUGAAGACUGAGCUGAAGGACAGUAAGGACGGCCUGGACUGGGGAAACCUGGGGAGCGGCACCUAAAUUGAGCCCAAGCCCAUGUCCGUGAAGGAGCAAGCCAGGUAGUUUGAGCAGCAGGCCAAGAGGGAGAUGAAGCAGAGGCAGAGCCGUGACUCCCAGGGGUCUCUCUCUGCCGACUUCCUGAUGGGGUUGGAGUUCGACAGCCCCCACCACCGGAGGGCCCACCCUUUCGUCAUUAUUACCCAGAGCGAUGGUAGUCCACCCCCCAGCCACAAGCCCACUCUUCCCAUCCUGCGCAGCUUCAGCUUCUCCAGCUACAACUCAGCCUCCACCGAACCCUACGAGGUCAACCUGGAGGUCAUCCCUGAACCCCCAGACGUGCCCCCUUCUUCUCCCCCACCCAGCUCCCCUCCACCUCCCCCCUCCAUGCCUCCUCCCCCUUCCAUGCCUCCUCCCAAUUCCCCCGCCACCCUUAACUACGGCAAAAACCUUUUCCCUGCCCCUGCCCCUCCUCCGCCUCUCCCUCCUCCCAUGUCCCCAUCCCUCAAUCGUCCAUCUGCGUUUGUGCUACCCUCGCCCGCUGUGACCACCCUGAGACCUGUGUCCCUGCACCCUCCCCCGCCGGCCCUCCCCAUCGACCCCGAGCUCCCCAGGAAGGAGCUGAAGGCGGUCCUGAAGAACAUACAGAACAUCGCCGACAUCGAGAAAUCUGUUUCCAACAUGUGCAAUCAAAUAGACCAAAAAAACGAUGCUUCCACAGAGCGUCCUGAAGCCACAAGGCAACAGCAGUUGCUCAGGCCCUCUCUUCUGAGACCGGAGGAGCUCUCUAUUGAGUCUGGUAUCGAUCCUGGCCAGGACUAUUACACCCAGGAUUAUUAUAAUUAUGACCAUGGGUAUGAGCUGCCUCACUAUGGUAGUCGCAGGAAGUUGAUAUCUCCGACAGGCCUGUAUGAUGAGUACGGAGAGGUGAUUGUGGAAGACGAUGGGAGCUACUACUAUUGCAGUCCACAGGAGUCGGAUGGAGAGAAGCGGAUCAAGCUGGUGGUGGACAGGGAGUAUGAGACCAGUUCCACGGGGGAGGACAGUGCUCCGGAGCCCCAAAGGAACCGGCUGUCUAAUCUGACCAACCACAGCAACGUCAACGGCAGCGUGUACCUGGCACAGAACGGCUCAGUCAUACGCACCCGCCGGGCCGCCCACUCAAACAACAUCAAGGUCAACUCCCCAGUGCGCCUGGGCAAGCACUUUAAGAAACUAGACAAACUGGCGGUGACUCACGAGGAGAGACUGCCGCUCAACAGCCCCGUGGCGACCACGUCCUCGGCCGACAAGAACCUAAACACCCAGCCCUCCAGCGGCUCCCUGGCCUCCAGCACCACGGGCGCUGAGAGCAUUGCGUCCAAGUCCAACAUCGCCAAGGCCAGGAGCGAGAGAACGUGGAACGCGGAGGAGCAGGAGUCAACAGUGGACAAUGAGGAGGUGAGAGAACCUUUAGAAUCUCAGAGCGAUCGCACGUAUUCCGAUGAGGAGGAGCUAUGGAUGGGGCCCUGGAACAAUCUGCACAUACCAAUGACAAAACUGUGA